AUGGCCGACUUGCCCAGUGACAAAGUUGACGAAGCUAAACAAGUCUUCGAUGUAUUCGAUAAAAAAUACGAAGGUAAAGUAGAUUCAUUCUACAUUGGAGAUAUGCUUCGAUCGCUUGGUAUCUAUCCAACACAAGCUGAAUGUGAAAAACGUGGACAGACAAAAAAGACGGGAGAAAAAUUCCUUAAAGUCGAAGAAUUCUUGCCGAUCUACUCCGAAUUUUACAAAAUGCCAGCAAAAAAUUUCGGUACAUAUGAAGAUUUCAUGGAAGGCUUGAAAUUAUUCGACAAAGAAAGUAAUGGUUUAAUGUCCUUAGCUGAGCUUACUCAAGUUCUUGUGGCUAUGGCUGAAAAACUUGAACCACGUGUCGUCGAAGAAAUCCUCCGUUCAACCAACACAAAAGACGAUGCCGAAGGCAUGUUCAACUAUGACACUUUCGUUCGUGCUCUUCUUCAAGGUCCGUUUCCAAAUGAAUCGACUUGA